AUGUUGGAGGCCACAGAUGCGUGUUGCAUCGGCUUGUCUGAACGGCAAUUGGGAUUUUUAGACUGCCCAGCAGUUAGUCUAGAUGCAAGGGAUGCCACAAUCCCUGUGCCUGACCCACCCAUCAGUGAAGAUCUCCCUACCUUGAAUGUGGUUAGAGAGGCAAUCUCUAAGCUGAAUGAUGAGAAAGCUGCAGGUGUAUGCGAUAUCCCUGCUGAGCUGCCAAAGGCUGGGGGUGAGCCUAUAGCACGGGGCUUUAUACCACGCAAGAUUUUCGCCCAAAUUGUACUGAAACGGAUCCGCAACCACCUGCUAAGGCUCAAAAGACCUGAGCAAUCUGGGUUCACUCCUGGCAAGUCUACAAUAGACCAUAUCCUAACACUUAGAGUCAUUGUAGAACAUUGUCAUCACUUCAGUCAUGGGCUGCUCACAGCCUACAUCAACCUCAAGAAGGCAUUUUAUUCAGGGCAUCACAAAUUGAGUGAGGUAAGUCUGUGUCUUUGCACCAACACUUUUGAACACUUCCAUGGACUGGAUGAUGGGCAGAGCUACUUUCCAAACUUAGUGUGGAGCAACAUUGAGCAGUAUCAAGGUCAUGGACCAUGA